UAUACAUUUAAAUUUAGUUAUACAUGACAGUAGAAUGCAUUUAUGCACUUUGAUAUAUCAUACAUAUGUGGGAUAUAAUUUCUCAUUUUUCUGAGUGUACAUGUUGUAGAAUCAUAUUAGUCAUGCAGUCACAUAUAUUCAUAAAGUAAUAAUGUCUGUUUCAUUCUACUGUCUUUCCUAUCCCCACAUCCCAUUCCUUCUCCCAUUCCUUCAAUUCCUUCUUCUCAGUCUAAGGUAAUGCUAUUCUUCUCUUGUACCCACCCAUCUUGUUGUGAAUCAGCAUCCACAUAUUAGAGAAAACAUUGGCCUUUGUUUUUUUCUGGAUUGGCUUAUUUCGCUUAGCAUGAUAUUCUCCAACUCCAUCUAUUUACUGGCAAAUGCCAUACUUAUUUAAAGCUGAGUAAUAUUCUGUUGAAUAUAUAUAACCACAUUUUCUUUAUCAGUUCAUCUAUUGAAGAACACCUACUUUAGUUACAUUGUUUAGCUAUACUAUAGUAAUACAAUAUACUUUUUAACAAAGAAUUAACAGUAUUAUCUUGAAAAUGACAAUUUAUGCUGUUUAUAGCUAUAUUUGCCGUUUUACUGAUUGUCUACUUUUGUGAGGUUGUGCUAGAGUUAGCACCCAAGAACAAACUGGCUUCUUCCAGAAAUCUCUGCAGUAUCUGCUCCUCCUUGAUUGGGUUCCUUUGCAUUUAUACCAUGCCAAACACCAACUAAGAAUGAGUUCUCCAUGAUCAUUUCUGUGAGUUAUUCAGUUUCAGGGAGAUCAAAACUGGGUUUCCUCUAUCACUUGUGUGAUAUCAUCUGACCUUUGCCUGCAUUUCAAAUUGCUGAGAAUGAAGCAAGCUAACUUUUACACUAGGAACAUGAGAAACAGAUGAAAAACAAAGUCACUGAUAUUAGUUUUAUUUUCCUUUCCAUUUUCUAUAAAAGUAGAAUCUCUCGUCCAAAAACUAAACCUAAUGUUUAUUGAAAUAUUAAUUUAAAAGUAUUAUAAAAGGAAACAAAAAUUAAAUCUACAGCAAAAACAAAUGUUCUCAUUUAUUGAAAUGUCUCUGAAUUUAUGGAUUUUUAUGGAUAUGUUGUACAAUAGCAGUUAAGUGUGGAAAAUCCUGUCAUUCUACUACCAAGCAGUUGACUGAUGCAUAAUUUACCCAGAGUUUGCCUGCAUCAAAUAAUUCAGAAAACAUUACUAAGACUACACUGGAAUAAAACCUCAUAGUUGACAGUUUUCAUAGCUUAAAUGGAAAUUGAUUUUAAUAAUUAAUAAUCUGUGAAUAUGUCUUUAACAUUGAAUUUUUAUCAUUAAUUUCUUUGUUAGUAAAAUUUAAGAAUUAAAAUUUAUUUUGUGUUUUGCACUACAUCUGAAAAAAGAAAAAUGCAUUGUCUUUGCCUGCACUAAGUCCACCCUUUAAAAAAAAAAAAUUCCAUAAUGGGUUGAGGCUGUAGCUCAGUGGUAGAACACUUGCCUCACAGGUGUGAGGCCCUGGAUUUGAUCCUCAGCACCACAUAAAAAUAAAUAUAUAAAAAGAUAUUGUGUCCACUUACAACUAAAAAAUAAUAGACUCCAGAAAAUACACAGAAACUUAUAAUCUAGUUUCAAAAUAAGCCAGAAUACAUUAAUAUUACUUAUAUAACUCUUAUUUAAUGUUAUGGUGUUAGGUACACCAGUAUUCACUAUAAAAUUCUUUCAACUUUCCAGUAUUUUUGAAAAUGUUCACAAUAGAUCAGUUUUAAUCUUAUUAACAUUAUUGAUAUGCUUUAAUGAGGAAAAACAGAAGCAACAACAACAACAGAAAACCUUACCAUCACAGGUUUCAGAAAUGUUUUUCUGAGGUGAGAUUCUUUCCCUAUUGCAUGUGUCUGUCAGGAGAUACCAGGGCCCUUUGUGCCCUCAGUCAUUAAGCAUUGAAUUGGAACCACACUAGUCUUGAUUAAGAACUUCUUCAUCAAUGCAUCUCUCCCAAUACAUUCCUAGUUAAUCAGAAGAUUUGACUGUUGGAAGACAACUAUUUCCCCUGAGUAGGUACCCCUAAGUGAGUUUCACCAAGAAGAUCUCAGUUGCUUUAAUGUUUGUGAUCUGAAAAAUCAAUUUCUUAAUUUUUUUUUACAAAUAAGAAUUCAAGUUACCCUCCAUCUUUAUAUCUUUUAUAGCUCUUCUCUUCCUUACUACCUUGAUAUUUUUUAAUAUUGUGAACCCAAUUCAAUUUCUUAAAUGCCUAAAGUUUUUGUUUCUGGUGCCCUCAGCUUUCUAGGUUCUCUUGGUAUAAUUCGUAAAUGAUCACCAGCUUGCAACUGGCUUGGCACAUGGCACAUUGUCAAUACUUAUGUGUAUCUGUGAAUGGAAGGGAGGGCAGAAGGGAAAAUGAAGAAGGAAUGAGAUGGAGGUGAGGGAAGGAGUAAGGAAGGAAAGAGGAGGGAUGGAGGUGGAUUGGCUGCACUUCCUAUAGAUACUAGCUUAUGAGGCUGUAUCUUCUAACUCUGUUCAUCUCAAAGGAUUUCAUGACUUAGUUAAAGCCAUUAGUAGAAUAGCUAGGAAAAAUACUUGCUAUCCCAAACAUUUCCUUAUGAUCUACUGCUUAAAAUCCCAGAGUUAUGGUUUUGUUUCUUUGAUGACAAUUUGCUUUAUUUUCAAGUAGAAGUUCAAUCCUUUAAUCAUUAAUAAUGUACAUCAAAUGAAAGUAGGUCCAAUUUAAAUAAGAAUUUUGCUAUAAAUGGUUCUACUUUAUAUUUUCUGACCAAUAAAAUAGCAAUUAUGCCUUCUCAAAUUUACUUCUACAUUUUUAAGACAGUAAGUGUACCAGAAGGAGGCUCCAAUACAGAAAUGACUUAUUCCCUAUAAAUUAGAGGUGAGCUCCAGUUUUAAUCAAGGUCUACUACUUACCACACAUCAAAUUUGGAAAAGUCACUCAGUUUAUUUCUAUUGAGCCAAUAGAAAUAAAUUUAGUGAUGGCAUUAGAAGCAGAAACCAAAACCUGCCCUGUUGCCUUAUUAAUGGCCUAAUUAUGUAAAUUUCUAUUACAAAUUUCUUAGGUAGUUUCAGGAGCUAGAAAAUGGAACCCUAAGUUUUACACAACCUAUUACAAAACAAGAACAAAUAACAAAAAUAGAUGAUUUUCUUUUACUGUAACUCAAAGACACAGAUUUCUAUUUUAUCCUAUCUAGUAAAUUGCCACUCUUGGUUGGAUGGACUGAAUGGUGCUUAUAUUUCUCCUAUGUGUAGAAUAUUCAGAGGGAAAACACAGGGCAGUGUGGUCCUUAACAAGGCUGACAUCACUCUUCUUCAAGCCUUUCCUGUCACCAGGUCCCUUUAUUUUUCUGUCUCUGUAACUUUCCACUAUCAUUCUGGAGCCCACUCAGUACUGCCCAGGCUCACAGACCAAUCUUGUCCCCAGAAUUCAGAAUUUAAAGAGCUUGGAUAAGUUAAUUCCAAAAGAGACACAAUUUAGAAACUGGCAGGACUAAUUUGGACUCACAGCUCCACCAUAUAUUAGUUUUGAGGUAACAGCCAAGUUGCUUAGCCUUUCUGAACUCAGAUUUCUCAUCUAUAAUGUGGUGAUAAUAAUGUCCAUCUGAGAGUUGGUGGAUUAAAGCAGAUUAUAUAGAUCUCAUACCUGGUGCUGGUCCCUUUUUCUGUGAUUAUCCAAAACCUCCUUUAUGAUCUAACUCUCCAUGAAAAAGGCCCUGACCUCAUUCAUUUCUUCACUGACUUAUAUUCUAGGACCAUAUUAGUUGAGAUAAUAGGUUUUAUAAUCAGAGAACUUCAGUUUUAACCUCAGAUCUGGCACCCAUUUAUAAGUUUGCUCACAGAGGCAAGUUACUCCUUACUUUGCAAGGCUCUAUCUCUUCAGUGGUAAAACAGAAUGAAAAUAAAAUGAAGCUCAUAGAUAAAUUUCAGGAGAGUCAUACAUGUAUUUUAUGCCCUCAUCCAGAAUAAACACCAAAUAAGUAGGUGAUACCAUCAUAGUAAAAUGAGAAAUCAGAAGUUACCUCGACCUUCAGGUCAGGUUUGCUCAGACUCAGUCAGAGGCCAGGAAGUAUCAGUGUGAGAAGGGGAUCUGAGGGUGACAGGCCAGCACCAGUGCUCCCAGGUGGCAACUUUGAAAACCGAAAAUAAUUCUAAUUAUGAAAAUAUUCUCCAUAUCCCUAACAGACAACCAGAUUUAGGGAGGUAUUGAACCCUGUCAUGGAAAAAUGUUCAUGGCACCAAAACCGAACACAUGAGAGUGUUGUUAUUUAGGGAUUCUUGGUAUUUAGGGUCUUUUUUCUUUCUCCUGAGGGAGUGAUGUUUUGUUUUUAUUUUGUUUUUUUUUUUCUUCCCCUUGUAGCCUGGUAAUUCCAUCACUGCUUUUUCUUGUUUGUUAACAUAGUUCUAAAAAGCUGGAAGAAGCCAUUUCUGUCCUUAUUUGGUGUGUGGUCAAUUAAGGAGAGGAGCAUGAGUUGGAUCCAGUGUUGCAAAUGCUUUUCCAAUUAAAACAGUCUAUCUUCAGGAUCCCAUAAGUUUUCAAAUUUUUUAAAAAAGUGUUCUUAUAUUUAAGAGAUGCCAGGAUUUUGAACAAUUGCGAAAAUUUCCUUCAGCUAAUUUUAGUAGAAUUCUUUGCUUUUUUUUUUUUUUUUUUCCAUACCAGGGAUUGAAUCCAGGGGCUCUUAAUCACUGAGCCACAUCUCCAGCCUUUGUUUUUUUAUUUUUUAUUUUGAGACUUUUUAUUAUAGUGAGACUUCACUAUAUUGCUAGGACCUCACUAACUUGCUGAGUCUGGAUUUGAACUUGUAGUUCUUCCUGUCUCAGCCUCCCAAACUGCUGGGAUUAGUCAUGCGCUACCAUGCCUGGCUUUCCACUUAAUUUUUUUGUUUUUUAGUUCUUGUAAAUGAAAUCCAUAGAGGAUUUUAAUGUUUUAAUGCUGCAAAUAAAAUAUUAAAACUUUGUUAUAGGAUAAACCUUUAAAAUCUAAUAGCUGAUAUUCUACUCUUACACACUAUGAUAAAAUGAUUUCAAAUAGAGAAAAAACAGUUACCCAUAAAAACUGAAGACUAAGUUUUUUAAAACUCAUAAAAUGGUGCCCCUACUUACUGUGCUCAUGAUGUAACCAAUUUUAGAGGACAAUUUUGAAAACUGAAAAUAAUUCUAAUUAUGAAAAUAUUCUCCAUACCUCCACAAAAAGGUUAUAAAUGUUGUUGGUAGUAGUACUCUAAUUUUAUGUGUUUUCAGAAUGAUUUUAUAUAAAUUGCUGUGUUCAUUUCUCUCAAAAAACUCUUUGCGGUGGUUCUCAAGUGGUAAGACUGAAACUCAGCAAGGUCAACCACCGGUGCUCAAGGUCAUAUGGCAUGUUCAUGGCAUAACUGUGGCCCUAAUCUCUGAUCCCCUCUAUCAGUGCUGUCCUGAAUGUUUGACCAAUGAUGCUGUAUUUUAAAAUAAAAAUUAUUUGGAUUCAGCACACUAAUUCAUUUGGUCAAAUUGAUAACUGUGGUUUUUCUGGUUUUGCUAUUUUCUUUAUUUAUUGCAACAGUCUUGGCUUUUUCUGAAGGAGCAUCUAAGGAAAAAGAAAUUAAAUAAUUGGACCUGAGUUAUCUGUUGUGAAAUCUUUUGUCCCUAUUGAGGUACAUAAAAAAAUAUAAUCCUGGUGAUGCAUCUUAUUUGAAAGAAUCCCUGAUAAUAUUGAUAUAUUCAUUUAUUAAACAAACAUGAUUGUAGUUUUUAUUUUUCAAUGGUGACAUGUGCAAAAGGAAGUUCAGAGUGCUGUGGAGAAAGCACAUGGUCUGGAGCAGCCAGGAAGGCUUCAAGGUGGAGGAGGCUCUCAAGAUGAAAUCCCAUAGUCACCCUUUCACGCACCUUCCAAUAACUAUGGAGGAUUUUGUUUUGUUUUGUUAUCAUACCAUAUUCAUGAAUACAAUCUUGGAAAGAAAGAAUUUUUCUGACUCUGAAAAUAUUCACAUAUAGGGAAUUACACAAUCAGAAAACUACUGAUCCCCAAAGACCUUUCACAUACAUUUUUUUUUAAAAUCAAGUUAUCUCAAGUGAUUAGCUCAGAUUAAUUUCAAGACAUUUAAAGCAUUUUAUUCUAGAGAUAUUUCCCACUGAAUAGUCAGAAAAAUUCCCAAGACUUUGUUAAUUACUUUAUAUAUACUUAAUAAACAUCAAAAUUAUUUCCUUCCCUCCCAUUUCUUUCCUUCAACCUCAUUUAUCCAAGUAUUUAGGAGCCCCAUUGCUUUAUUGAAUAGAAAGGGUUUAACCUAUUUAAUUUUUAGUGUGUAGUAAAUUUUUUGUUUGUACACCUGUUUUCUAUACAAUUAGGUAGAUAAAAACAUUUGUCUCACACUCCACAAAUUUGUUGAUCUUUUCUUGUAUGUUUAAGCUUGUCUUUUGUUGGUUUUUCAUUUUAUUUCUUAAUGACUUUAGCUUUUGAAUUAAAUUUAUUUCUGUUUGUGUCUUGGGACAUAUAAGAGUAAGCAAAAUAUGUUUACAGUUACUUAAAGCCGUGUGCAUGCUUCUUAAUGGCCUCAAGACUGCAGGGUACCUUCUAAUUUUUAAAUACUCCACUGCAUUCCAGGACAUAAAAUAAGUGUCCCUCAUUUCAGAACAUGGGAUAAUUGACCGCUCAGUCAAGUAGACUCACAUAAGGUUUAGAACAUAUAUCUGAAAACAAUGCAAAGAAAAUUCUAGAAUUAUUUUGUAGGACAUCCAUUUGUAGAAAUAAAUAACUGAUUAUAUAAACUAUAGCUGAAUUAUAAUUUAAUGUCAGUGUAAUAAAAAGGACUUUAAAAAAAACACCAUGACUCGUACUCAAAGAAUGUUAGUUUUGAGAAGUGCACAAAUUCAGCUGUCAAUCUCUCUUUCAUCAAACUCUUUUGCAAUGGAUCACUCUGAAAAUACAAUUAUUAGAAUGAUACUCUCAUCAGAUGAAGCUAAUAAAUAGUAGUCUAUCAUUUUCUUCCAUGUUAACAUUUACUGACUUUGAGUUUGUGACCAGCAACUAUUUCAAAAUACUGCAUUAUCCUGAAACCCAUCUAUCUGCCUUCUCUGGUUUCCUGAGGCAAUGUAUUUCAACAUAACGAAACCCCACUAAUGUAACUUUUUUUUUCUCUGAAGAUUAGCUUACCCCCUACACACUCAUCCAUCCCUGUGCCUGUCAGUUAGUGGCCACUAUGUAAAUAAAUGAAUGCCUAUGUGAAUUCUGUUUAAAUUCUCUCACUUUAAAAUUUGGGAGCUUCAGUUGAAUUUAUAGUAGCUAUCUCCUAUAAAGGAAAUUCUGAGUUUUGUAUUAGACACUAAAACCUCAAUCUAUCAUUUGUAACAUCUAGAAUCUUGGAUAACAAAUCACAGAAACAGUCAAGAUGCAAAAAAGAUGCCUUAUUUAGAGCUCAGCAGAACAUAAGAUUUGUUAUUGGCAGGAGGUGGCAUUUUGUUGAGGUUUUAGAAGGUGAGGAAUGAUGUGGCAUAAUGGCUGGAUGCUGCAGUGUUCAGAUCUCUUGUUUCUCUGGGAAGUAGGUUUAAUUUUCAACUUGUAAAAAAGACUUUUUCUCAGAGAUAAAGUCUUACCCCUUGCCAUUUAGUCAUGUUUUUACUAAAAUUAUUUUGGAACAAUAAGCUCUUAAUAAAGUGACAGAAAUUAAAAUAUUGAAGAUAUUUCUAUUUAACCCUUUUUCUACCCUUAUAACUGUGGAGUAAUAGCUAUAAAUAGCUGGUUGAGAUAUAAAUGACAGCAAAGGUUCAUCCUAGAAAACAUUUUACUUAAUUUUUUUAAAAGGUAUUUUUCUGAUUAUAUAAAUGCUUAUAUCUCUGAAAGUUUCUUCCUAGUCCUUUGAAACAGUAUUGACAUUUACAUUUGAAAUCAAAUCUUAACUUUGUUCAUGAUGAAUCUCAGAAAUAAUUUGCUUAUUACAAUAACCUCAUCAAUGCCUGUAAACUAAGAGAGGUUAUGUAUAACUGUACAGAAGAAAUGAGGAGGCAGUGUGUGAUUUUUAAGGAAAAAUAACAUUAACAUGGACAGACAUUUUUAAUGUCUAUUCCAUUCAUAUUAGGAUAAAGGGCUAAAGUUUCCAUUUUUCUAUUGAUAAGCUCACACAUUUUCAUUUUUUUUUUUCAUCUUGCUUAACUGUUCAAGAACUAUUUUUGGCAAUAAUGAAAAAAUAUAAAUUUGCUUCUCCUUUCUUGUACAAUUUUCAAAAAUGUGCAUUCUUUAGUAGCAUCAUCCUGGAUUAUUAUUAUGCCCUUAUAUAUUUUUAAUUAGAUGUUAAUUAACAGGGCAUUCUUUUAGAAUAUAAAUUGAUAAGGAGAUAUAGACAAUCAUGAGUGAAAAUAUUCAUUGCUUGGGUUAGCCUGGAUGGGAAACUGGUUUAACAAUAAAAAUAGUAUUUUUCGGACUUGAAAGUUGUCUAUAAGGACUGUAGCUUUUACUGUCAGAUACCAGUGAUGCUGUUUCACUUAUAAAAUUUAAAACGUCACUGGAUAGAACAAAAUCUGGCUAUUUUCCUGAGAUGCCAAUACCACCCCACUGCUCCCCUGGGGCUCUGUUCUCCCCUUCCCUCCAUACCAGUCUACCCCUCCCCGCAGCCCUCAGGGCUCCUCCCCUUUUUACCCACUUGACCAGUUCUCUUACACUGUCUGCCUUUAGUCUAAGAUAAAGCCAUUCCCUAAACAGGAGUUGUUAACUAAACACAAAUGUGUUAAUUCUACUAGGAAUGUUUGCAUCCUGUAAGAGCUGACCCAAAGUGGAAAUUCAGUAGUUCUACAGGAGUGAACUGCUGAGAGGAGAAUUUCAUACAUGAGAGGGGCAGAUUGCUUAAGUAUAGGCACCAAUCCUACACAAAAGCCAAAAGGCAGUUUGUGAAGCAUAAAAAAUAUUGCAAGUUGAGUCUGAGAGAAUGUGUUUAUUUUUGAACUCUCAGCUCCUCCAAGGCUGUUGCUGUUCAGGGCAGUUCUCACUCACCCACUCUCUGGGAGCCCAUACGUCAGAUAACAAAGAGGUGAAACUGUAAAAAUGUUUUCUAUUACUCAUCCCCAAAGCUGAUACAGAGCCCAUAGCAUUCUCAAAAACCCCUGAAGUGCUGGAUGCUGUUGUGAAAUUAAGCAUGAUGUUUAAGGUCUUCAUCUUUUAUUGAACGUUCCGAUCCCCUUUGGUCUAUAAGAGAUAGAUUGAGUUUUAGGUGUCUCAAAAUUUAGCAUGUAUAGCAGUGUUCAUUGAGCUCAUGUCUUGGACAGUUUUUUCCAGUGCAGAGUGGGUUAAAUUCACUCUUGGGCACUCCAUGCCUCUCUAAUCUUAUCCUGGAAAAGGAGCUCUGCCUUGGUUUACAGUGGAGGUCACUGGCGGGGCAGUGUUUGGACAGGGACUGAUGGAAUUAUGCUGCGCUGUUAACAUUAAAUGCCACUUGCUGGUGGGGGCUGAUGACGACAUUGGGGUCCUUUGACUCCUCGAGUACGAUAUCUUGAAAUACAUGCCUCUCUGAGAUGUGGCUAGACUCAUAAAACAUGCAAAGGACUCUCUUUGGCUUUCAUCAUUUAUUUAAUUUGAAGAAAGGUUGUUUUAAGGGAUUUAUCAGAGAGUUAAGAAAUGUUUCUAGGGAAUAGAAAAUGGACAAGAAAAUUGAUUUUUGUUGUCAAAGUCAUUGCAUUACAAUUCACCCUCCAAGGUGACACAGCAUCUCCUGGAGGGAGAAGCUGCCAAACACUUUGAAAGUGAUCUGUUUUCUUCUCACACUGACUUGCAGGGAGACACUGGUAUUUUCAAAACAAUUAAAACCUUUGCAGAAAGUUUGCCAAUAAUUAUGUUCAUCCAUGUUUCUAAGACAAGUUGUGAUAAGGAAAAUAAUACUUGGCAGCUGAAUGUGUGAAAUUUAGAAAUCUUUGUUCAAUUUCCCAGUCUUAGUCCUAUAUUUAUUUAUUUUUUCAACAGAACCCUGUGUUUACAGUUUUUAAAUAUUCACACUUAGUGUGAAACUUCAAAGACUUCAGUCAUACCUCCUCUCAUGAGUGUUCAUGUGUGUGUAUGUGUGUGUGUAUGGUGUGUGUGUGUGUGUGUGUGUGUUGUGCUUUUCAGGAGUGGCAUGUAACUAUGUUGUUUAAUCAGGACAAUAUUUAAAAAAAUUUUUUCAUGGGAUUGUUUCUCACAUUAAUAUUGAGAUAGAGUCCAAGUGAAGCAAGCUCUGUCGCAAAGGGCAAGUGUCAUGCAGCAGGAAGUCCUGGCGUCCCUUCUAGCCCUGCCUCAGCCAGCCUGCUACCUCUCUGUCAACGCAUACCACCACACAAGAAGAAAUGCCCUCACUCAGCCACAAGUGCCUCCUGCUCCCUUCGGGGCCCUCCAGCCCCAGGGCCCUGCACCAGCUCUGACUUCCUGCUGUUGCUGUGGAUCUUGGCACCCUCUUUCCAAAUGGCGUUUGUUUGGGAUCCUCUGGGAGCCACAGUACCAGGACCAUCUCCAAGAGCUAAAUCAAGAUUUCAUUUCUCAAAGUCCUACAGUUUUGAUGUGGACAAUGGCACAUCUGCGGGACGGAGUCCCUUGGAUCCCAUGACCAGCCCAGGGUCUGGGCUAAUUCUCCAAGCAAAUUUUGUCCACAGUCAACGCCGGGAGUCCUUCCUGUAUCGAUCCGACAGCGAUUAUGACCUCUCUCCAAAGUCUAUGUCCCGGAACUCCUCCAUUGCCAGUGAUAUACAUGGAGAUGACUUGAUUGUGACUCCUUUUGCUCAGGUCUUAGCCAGCCUGCGAACUGUACGAAACAAUUUUGCUGCAUUAACUAAUUUGCAAGAUCGAGCGCCUAGCAAAAGAUCACCAAUGUGCAACCAACCAUCCAUCAACAAAGCCACCAUAACAGAGGAGGCCUACCAGAAACUGGCCAGCGAGACCCUGGAGGAACUGGAUUGGUGUCUGGACCAACUAGAGACCCUGCAGACCAGGCACUCUGUCAGUGAGAUGGCCUCCAACAAGUUUAAAAGAAUGCUUAAUCGGGAGCUCACCCAUCUCUCUGAAAUGAGCCGGUCUGGAAACCAAGUGUCGGAGUACAUAUCAAACACAUUCUUAGAUAAGCAACAUGAAGUGGAAAUUCCUUCUCCAACUCAGAAGGAAAAGGAGAAAAAGAAAAGGCCAAUGUCUCAGAUCAGUGGAGUCAAGAAAUUGAUGCAUAGUUCUAGUCUGACUAAUUCAAGUAUCCCAAGGUUUGGAGUUAAAACAGAACAAGAAGAUGUUCUGGCCAAGGAACUAGAAGAUGUGAACAAAUGGGGUCUUCAUGUUUUCAGAAUAGCUGAGUUGUCUGGUAACCGGCCUCUGACUGUUAUCAUGCACACCAUAUUUCAGGAACGGGAUUUGUUAAAAACAUUUAAAAUUCCAGUAGACACUCUAAUUACAUACCUUAUGACCCUUGAAGACCAUUACCAUGCUGAUGUGGCCUAUCAUAACAACAUCCAUGCUGCAGAUGUUGUCCAGUCCACUCAUGUGCUACUGUCUACACCUGCUUUGGAGGCUGUGUUUACAGAUUUGGAGAUUCUUGCAGCAAUUUUUGCUAGUGCAAUACAUGAUGUAGAUCAUCCUGGUGUGUCAAAUCAAUUUCUGAUCAAUACAAACUCUGAACUUGCCUUGAUGUAUAAUGACUCCUCUGUCUUAGAGAACCAUCAUUUGGCCGUGGGCUUUAAGUUGCUUCAGGAAGAAAACUGUGACAUUUUUCAGAAUUUGACCAAAAAGCAAAGACAAUCUUUAAGGAAAAUGGUCAUUGACAUUGUACUUGCAACAGACAUGUCAAAACACAUGAAUCUACUGGCUGAUUUGAAAACUAUGGUUGAAACUAAGAAAGUGACAAGUUCUGGGGUUCUUCUUCUUGAUAACUAUUCUGACAGGAUUCAGGUCCUUCAGAAUAUGGUGCACUGUGCAGACCUGAGCAACCCCACAAAGCCUCUCCAACUGUACCGCCAGUGGACAGACCGGAUAAUGGAGGAGUUCUUUCGCCAAGGAGACCGAGAGAGGGAGCGUGGCAUGGAGAUAAGUCCCAUGUGUGACAAGCACAAUGCAUCUGUGGAAAAAUCACAGGUGGGCUUCAUAGACUAUAUUGUUCAUCCUCUCUGGGAGACAUGGGCAGACCUUGUACAUCCUGAUGCCCAGGAUAUUUUGGACACUUUGGAGGACAAUCGUGAAUGGUACCAGAGCACAAUCCCUCAGAGCCCCUCUCCUGCACCUGAUGACCAAGAAGAGGGCCGGCAGGGUCAAACCGAGAAAUUCCAGUUUGAACUAACUUUAGAGGAAGAUGGUGAGUCAGACACCGAAAAGGACAGUGGAAGUCAAGUGGAAGAAGACACUAGCUGCAGUGACUCCAAGACUCUGUGUACUCAAGACUCAGAGUCUACUGAAAUUCCCCUUGAUGAACAGGUGGAAGAGGAGGCAGUAGGAGAAGAGGAAAGCCAGCCGGAAGCUCCUGUAAUAGAUGAUUGUUCUCCUGACACGUAACAGUGCAGAGACUGUCACGCCUUUUUUUUUUUUUUAAAGUAGAAAAUUGUUUCCAAAGUGCAUGUCACAUGCCACAACCAUGGUCACACCUCACUCUCAUCUGCCAGGACGUUUGUUGAACAAAACUGACCUUGACUACUCAGUCUGGCGCUCAGGAAUAUCGUAACCAGUUUCUUCACCUCCAUGUCAUCAGAGCAAGGGGGAUAUCUUCGAGAACAACAUUUUAACAGAAUUUCAGCUUGGGAGAGCUGACAAAGCAGAUAAAAUCAACUCCAAAAUGUUUUCAAGGGAGAUUAGCUCAUCAGGCAGCCCAGUAGUAGAUUGGAUUUGGGGUUUCUUUUAUUUGUUUGCAAUAUUUUUUGGAAGAAAGAAGGCAUUACAUGGAUGGAGUGAACUUAGUAGAUGAAGCAAAAAAAAUGUCACAAAUAGGACACAGCAUGAAUCUGUUUCCAGGAGGAGGAUGAGCCACAGAAAUUGCAUAAUUUUCUAAUUUCAAGUCUUCCUGAUACAUGACUGAAUAGUGUGGUUCAGUGAGCUGCACUCACCUCUACAUUUUGUAUGAUAUGUAAAACAGAUUUUUUGUAGAGCUUACUUUUAUUAUUAAAUGUAUUGAGUAUUAUAUUUAAAAAAACUAUGUUCAGAACUUCAUCUGCCACUGGUUAUUAUUUUUUUCUAAGGAGUAACUUGCAAGUUUUCAGUACAAAUCUGUGCUACACUGGAUAAAUCUAAUUUACAAAUUUUACUUGCACCUUAUAGUUCAUAGAAAUUAACUGAUUUGUAGUGAUUCAUUGUUUUAUAUACCAACAACUUCCAUAUUUUAAAACAAAAAAACAACUUUAUGUUGCUGGAAACCCUUUUUGUAAGUCUUCAUUUGCUUUUUAUCUCACUCCUUCUAGAUAAGCAGAGUUGCUCUCCACCAAUGUUUUCCUUCACAGUGUGCAAAGUGAAUAUUUGUUCUGUAAUACUUUGAUGUGUGUUAUAUCAAAUGUGUCUUAAGCCUCAUAGAAACUCAAUCAUCAGUUGGUGUUGUCUGAAGCAAAUGGGAGAUAUAUAAACACCCAGUAGCUAAAAUGGUCUGUCUUUUUUUAGAUAUUUUCCUACUUAGUGUCUUCUGAUGACUUUUUGCUCUGUCAAGAGACAUGCAUUUCAUAACUGCAUGUCCUUCUAAUAACCCACACAUUGUGUGCUUAUUUUUAUUGUUAUUGCCAGUUAUAGUAAGAAAAAUGUUUCCCCCUUGUGCUGCUUUAUUAUUUAAUGUGUGUUUGAACUUCUGUCCAUGUUCACUAGAUGGGGUCUUAUCGAAUCUAUUAUCUCCAUUCUGAUGGAUGAAAAGAAACAGGUAGUCAAGUUAGGGUUAGCACUCAUUUCUACCAUGAGGUUGUAUGUCAUGACUAGCUUUCACUCUGAGGUUAUAGAGAAAAGUGUACAGCUAACUAUACAGAUUUUAAGAAUAGUAACUGAAUAUAUUAUCAAACACCAGUACAACUAAGUUCUCUUUGGCUUUUAUGAUUUUUGCCAUGCAAUUAAGAACUAUGUGAGGAGUAUCCUUGAGCAGUGGUCUUAUGAUGUAGCAGCUACUCAUUCUUAAUGGAUAGCCAUGUAACAUGUAGGCACUGCUUUACCAGUUUUCAUUGAUCCAUAAUCAUGUCUUGAAGGAGGGAACUACUUUCUUUAAACACGCUGAAGGAGAAGCAGUUGAUGAUGCUACUAGCACCAGAGGGUUGAUAAUAUGAUAUAGUCUAAAGUAUUGGAUUGGUAAAAAGAUUCUGCCUAAAUAAAAAAAUAGAGAUCACUCUUGGCUGAUUUUAGCUCCUGGAACUGUGUUGUAAUAUUAAAGAUGAAUUCCCAGUAUCUUCUGCUGAUAGCAGCUAGAAUCGUGAAGCAUCUGUUUAGUCUGAACUUUCUUCCCAAGUCAGUUCUUAAUAAAGGGUUUACCUUUUCUGUAAAGAGUUUGGAGCUCACAUAAUCCACUUUCACAUUGAUAUCCAAAAAUUAAGAUAGAGACUAAAAGAUCUGACUAAACAGAAAAUACAUGAAACAUUAAGAAAAAUAACAACCCUAAAAACAUUCACAUUUGGAACUUCUCAUGGAGCCAUCUGGGGACUGCAGAACAAAGUUAUCAGCCAGGAAAAUAAUCCAGGCUGAAGAUAGUCCCUGUUUUAAUUUCCUGAGAUCCAAGUAAUGCUUACAGCCUUUGAUAGAAAAAGUAUGUCUCUGAUCUUUUAGAUAGUACAGAAGAGGAAUCAACUAAUUAUUGUAUUUACACCCUUUUGCCCUUGUAAAGAUAGACAGGUAUCUUUCACAUAGAGGUCUAUGUUUGACCAAUUAGUUUCACAAGAAUAUUUGAGAACUUAAUCCUGUUUUAAUUGUAUUUUCUCUAUGAGAGGCCUAAAAGGAAAAGCAAAAUGUCUAGUUUAUUCCUCUUUCCAAAUCACUCUCAUUCCUUCCUUUUUCUCCCUUCACUUGGCAUUUCCCUCUCAGAGUGCCUAGAAUAUUAAUAAUGGAAAAAAUAAACAGCAAUAUGUAAAAAAAAUCCAGACCUGAAAGGGUUUUUAACUGCACUAAUAGAGGCUUUCCCCCACAGUUUUCUGCUUUUUAAUGGUCCCAUGUUAUAAAGAUACCCACCAAUGGACAAUCAAAUUGUAGCAAAGGCAUAAUAUCCAAGAGUUAGAGACUAAUGCACUGUACAAUCUGUUUGUCCUCUCCCUUCUCUCUCUCUCUCCCUCCCUCCUGUAUGCCCCACCCCUCAUUCUUUCUCUCCAAAGUGUGCUUCAGAAAUACACACUGCUUUAAAAAGAAGGUCUUAUACAAGUGGCUUUACAUUUCCUAAAACACCAUAAGAAAAUGCAAUAUCUGGGUACUGUAUGGGGAAAAAUUAUGUCCAAGUUUGCAUAAAAUGAGUACAUUUCAGCUUGCAAGUUACUGAACACAAUAAUGCUGUUUUAAUUUUGUUUUCUUUUGCAUCAGUUAAAAUUCACAAGAAAAUAAUGUAGAUAGAACAAAUUACAGAUGAGGAAAGAAAAAACUUGAAUGAAAUGGAUUUUACAGAAAGCUUUAUGAUAAUUUUUGAAUGCAUAUUUAUUUUUUGUGCCAUGCAUUUUUUUUUCUCACCAAAUGACCUUACCUGUAAUACAGUCUUGUUUGUCUGUUUACAACCAUGUAUUUAUUGCAAUGUACAUACUGUAAUGUUAAUUGUAAAUUAUCAGUUCUUAUUAAAACAUCAUCCCGUGAUAGGAUGGUGUUGAUAUACUUGGAAACUCUUGGUGAGAGAAUGAAUGGUGUGUAUACAUACUCCUUGUACAUUUUUCUUUUCUCCUGUAAUAUAGUCUUGUCACCUUAGAGCUUGUUUAUGGAAGAUUCAAGAAAACUAUAAAAUACAUAAAGAUAUAUAAAUUUAAAUAACAUAGCUGCAGGUCUUUGGUCCCAGGGCUGUGCCUUAACUUUAAUCAAUAUUUUCUUCUGUUUUGCUGCAUUUCUAAAAAAGGUAAUGGUGGGGGCUAGGGCUGGGCAUUUAUAUCCAAGAUUUCAAUUGAUUGGAUUUCUGAAAGUAGCUGGAUUUUAUAAAGUCAAAACACCUCUGACACAUCUUGCAACCCUUUCAAGAUGGAAGCUUGUAGGUACUUCUUGCCAUGGAGUGGCACAGCAUGUGUGAUAAUUAUUUCCAGAUGUAGAUAAGGAGCUAUUUCAGCUAGUUAUAUUUGAUGGCUUUUUACUUUCAGACACUACUGGGGAAAUAUAUUCUUUUUUUUUUUUUUUGAAAUAUAUUCUUGUCCAGUGAUUAUUGAAAAUCUUUUGGCUUCCACAAGUUCAUAGGAAAAUGAACUUGAUUUGAAACUGGAGCCAUGUGUCACUCAUCUUGGUUAGUUAUCUGUUCCAUUAGCUUUCAGUCAUGUUAAGAGACUGUAUCAUAUAGAAAAAGUCCUUUUUUUAACCUUAAAAUUUUUCUUUGAUUAAGAUCAACCAAUUUUUUAUAUGUAUGUAAACCCACAUCAAUUUAAACACCAUUUUUUGUGAUUCUAAUUCACAUAGCAUAAAAGAUUCACUGUUAUCUAAAAUUUAUUUCUGCAAAACUUAUAUCCACUUAGGAUUAUUACAUUUAACUUUGUACAAUGGCCAUCUCCUGAAAGCUAUGAAAACUCCCCAGUGUAUAAUGUGGAAACCUCCCACAGCUGCCCAGCCCUUGGAACAUGUGACUCAUCAGUGAAAGGAGAGAUUGUUUUUCUAGGAAAAAUGAGCCUCCUAUUAUUUUAUUUUAUUUUAUUUUUUGACACAAACUGUAGAUUUUAGCAGCCCUGGCCCAAAGGAAUUUAAUUACUUUUGUUUUAAACAGUACAAAGGGGACACUAUAAUUACAAACUACAUCCUUACUUAUUUUAGUUGUUUUUAAAUUUUAUUUCUUUGGAUAUGUUUUCAGAGUGGUAAAUUGUAUGUGAGCAUUACAAAUGAUGAUUCUUUUAGUGGUUUUCUUAGCCUCUCUUACAGCCCAUGGGGAUAGUACUGUACAUCAAUAUCUUCAUAUGAAAUUUUUAUAUGCAAUGAAAAUAAAAGCAUGGGUUGAUUCUGCCUA